GCCGGUUCCUUGCCGUAAAGAAAGCUAGUCACCGGCUGCUGGGGCUUCAGGAUGGCGGACAUGGAGGAUCUUUUUGGAAGCGAUGUGGAGAGCGACAUCGAGCGCAAAGAUUCUGAUUCUGAUUCUGGAUCUGAUUCUGAUCAUGAGAAUGCUGCCUCUGGUAGUAAUCCCUCUGGAAGUGACAGUGAAGGGGAUGAUAGAGAAGAUUCGGUAAAGCCAAGUAAUAAGGAGCUGUUUGGAGAUGACAGUGAAGAUGAGGGACUUUCUCAUCAUAGUGGCAGUGAUAAUCACUCUGAAAGAUCAGACAAUCGAUCGGAGGUUUCUGGGCAUUCUGACCAUGAAGAAAAUGACCAGUCAGAUAUUGAUCAGCACAGUGGAUCAGAAGCUCCUCAUGAGGAUGAAGAUGGAGACCAUAGGUCAGAUGGAGGGAGCCAUCAGUCAGAGGCUGAAGGUUCUGAGAAGUGGGACAGAGAAGAUAAAAGUGAUCAGUCAGAUGAUGAGAAAAUACAAAACUCUGAUGACGAGAGGCCACAAAUUUCUGAUGAAGAUAAACUGCAGAAUUCUGAUGAUGAUGAUAAAAUGCAGAACACAGAUGAUGACGAGAGGCCUCAGAAUUCAGAUGAUGAGAGACUGCAGCUGUCUGAGGAAGAGAAAAUGGCCAAUUCUGAUGAUGAACGACCAGCAGCCUCUGACAACGAUGACGAUAAGCUACAGAAUUCUGAUGAUGAAGAAAGGCCACAGGUCUCUGAUGAGGAGAAAAUGCAAAAUUCUGAUGAUGAAAGACCGCAGGUCUCUGAUGAAGAGCAUAGGCGGUCAGAUGAUGAAGAGGAACAAGACCAUAAGUCAGAAUCUGCAAGAGGAAGUGAUAGUGAGGAUGAAGUUUUACGGAUGAAGCGAAAGAAAGCAAUAGCCUCUGAUUCAGAAGCGGAUAGUGAUAAUGAAGAAGGACAAAAAGAAAAUAGUGAAGCCAUGGAUCUAUUUGGAGGUGCUGAUGACAUUUCUUCAGGGAGUGAUGGGGAAGACAAGCCACCCACUCCAGGACAGCCAAUUGAUGAAAAUGGGUUGCCUCAGGAGCAGCAGGAAGAAGAGCCUAUUCCAGAGACCAGAAUAGAAGUGGAAAUACCCAAAGUAAACACUGAUUUAGGAAAUGACUUGUAUUUUGUCAAACUGCCCAACUUUCUCAGUGUGGAACCCAGACCUUUUGACCCUCAGUAUUAUGAGGAUGAAUUUGAAGAUGAAGAGAUGCUUGAUGAAGAAGGUAGAACCAGGUUAAAGCUUAAGGUAGAGAACACUAUACGGUGGCGAAUGAGGAGGGAUGAAGAAGGAAAUGAUAUUCGUGAAAGUAAUGCUCGAAUAGUUAAGUGGUCAGAUGGAAGCAUGUCACUUCAUUUAGGUAAUGAAGUUUUUGAUGUCUACAAAGCACCAUUACAAGGGGAUCAUAAUCAUCUGUUUAUAAGACAAGGAACUGGUCUUCAGGGACAAGCUGUUUUCAAGACAAAACUAACUUUCAGACCUCACUCUACAGACAGUGCCACACACAGGAAGAUGACCCUGUCACUUGCUGAUAGAUGUUCAAAGACACAGAAAAUUAGAAUCUUACCCAUGGCUGGUCGCGAUCCAGAAUGCCAGCGCACAGAAAUGAUUAAGAAAGAGGAGGAACGGUUAAGAGCUUCCAUUCGCAGAGAGUCUCAGCAGCGCAGAAUGAGAGAGAAACAACAUCAGCGAGGACUUAGUGCAAACUAUUUAGAACCAGAUCGCUAUGAUGAAGAGGAUGAGGGGGAAGAGUCAAUUAGCUUGGCAGCUAUUAAAAAUAGAUAUAAAGGUGGCAUAAGAGAGGAACGAGCUAGGAUCUAUUCUUCUGAUAGUGAUGAGGGGUCCGAUGAUGACAGAGCACAACGAUUACUCAAAGCAAAGAAACUGACCAGCGAUGAGGAAGGUGAAACUUCUGGAAAAAGGAAAGCAGAGGAUGAUGACAAAGCUAAUAAAAAACACAAGAAGUAUGUGAUUAGUGAUGAAGAAGAGGAAGAUGAUGACUGAAUUUCAUAAAAUGGAAGUGUGUUUUCUAUGGAUUGUACAGUUAUUUUAUAACAGAUGUAACAUGAUGAAAUUAUUUUGAUUAAAAUGAAUUGAUAUGCUUUUUUGUGUCA